AUGCCGCCCGAUAGUAUUACUGUGAAUAAAAAACGGGCUCCUUUCUCCUCCCUGCCCACCGAACUUCACGAACACAUCCUUUCCUUCCUCCCCUUCGACACCCUCUUCCUCGCUAGUAAAGCCCUUCCCCUCUGGCACAGCAUAUUCACCACCCGCUUCCUAACGAGUACCGAAUACACCCCACCAUGCAACUACAACAUCCCAGGCACGCACCAAAUCUUCUACGGCCAAAAUUCCGACUUCACCUGUCUCGUUCAAAAGGGUAUAAUCCACAAGAUCUAUUUAAACUACGACACAGGAUUCAAACUCGACAUAACAAACGAUCCAAUCCUCAAUUCUAAAUUCUUCCGAUCAGCUGAAGAUAGAGAUGUAAUAUACCCUUGUGUCUCCAUUGUUCCUGAUCCAACCCGCAGAAGACGUACUCGUCGUAAGACGAACCCGUAUAUCCUACCUAAGGAAAAGGAGCUGGGAUAUUACCAGAUUAGUCCUACGGUUUACCAUUUAGACGAGAUUUCUACAAGGGAUACAAUAAAGCGGGUUGCGGAGGCAUUGGCCCGUGGACACCGUUGGGAACUUCCGCAGGGGCUUUCGAUGAAGAGAUAUUGGAUGGAAAUUGGACCCGGGGUAAGGAAUCGACGGGGUCUGCCUUACAGACAGGGGUUGGAGGCGUUUUUUCGGGGUGAAGUUAAAGGGGAAUUAAUUGUUUGA